AAUUUGAAAGAAAUCAGUAGAAACUAUUGGGUUUGGGGCUGAGGGCUGCCAACAGGUUACAGAAGGCGACAUCUUAGUCCUCUGUCUGCUGUAGCAGCUACAAAUGCUCAUGCUAAGGCCUUACCGUUUUCUCUCCUUCAAAUGAAAUGUAACUAUCACCAGCUCCAGACAGUUUCUCUGUGGAGCCAACAAGCUUAACAUAAAGAGGGCAGAUCAUAAUACGACAACAGCUUCCUCAGCCAGUAAGAAUCGAGCAGACAGGCUGCUGCUGCUGCUGCUGAGCCAUUUUUUCCCCUCAACAUAGGCUGACCUGAUGUCUUCUCUGCCAUUCUCAGUGAUUAGGUAACAGCCAUUACAUAAUGUCAGCUUCACAAGGGUGUGUGUAGUAGGUAGUCUGGCCUAUCCCUGCAGCCAUUCACAUACACUGGUUCCAUAACAUACUUAUAUCCAUACUCCAUCCUUACAUUUAUGUUAUUUUUCUUUUAAUAAGUAUUACCUAUUACAUAGUAGCACUGACACCAAUGGGCUGAGAAAAUUUGCCUGACUGUAUAUACAUAUUUUUCAAAGCAAUUAAGGGGACCUCAGACAUCAGUUCUGAUCCAGUUUUAAGCCCAGCUCCACCAACUCACUGACAUGGUAUUUUGCAAUAAACACCAUACCCAACAUUUCAAGAAUAUAACUAAGGACAGUCAGUUUGAAAAUAUGUUUUAACAUAUAGCAUUUGAAUAACAUUCAAGUGUCAAGCGAGACAAAACAAUAUAGCAAAAGGCCCAGACAUAUUUUUCAGAAUUAAACAUUUGUCGAUUACCAUGAAAAUUUCAGUGUAGAAUCAUUUCAACAAAACUGUCUCCUCUUCAUUCAACAUUUAUCAGUCCUGCUUAGUAUGUAACAAUAAUAGCAUUUUUUUUAUUUAAGUGACAAAUUAUGAGAUUUUACUUUUAAGAUAAAGUCGCCAAAAUGUCUUGAUCGGAUUUAUUCUAUCCUAAAUUGGCCAAGCGGGGGGGGGCUGCGUUCAAGUCUUAUGGGAAAUGUCGACUCUUCAACAUUUGCAGGUCAACGUGAAACCUGUUGAUGUAGUUAAGACCAAAUAAUGUCCAGAUAUCAGAUUCUCGGAGCUGCGGUUAUGAAACUGUAUAUUAAAUAGUGUUUAGUUUUUCGCUGAGGUAAUGUACCACUUUGGCGGAGUAAUAUUUCACCAAAUGAAUAAAGUCGACAUCAAAACCAGAGUUUCCAUUACGUGUCAACACAUUACAAUUAAAUUCGACGUAAUUUCUAUAAAUACUUUUCAGCAAAAGGGUAGUGUGUGUAUUACAUGGGUGUUGAAUGCACUAUAACUUUCGACGUUUUUUCAACACGCCCCCACGUGGAGCAAGCAUGUUCUUUCCCCGGGAAAACUGGGUCACCGCAAGCUGCUGUGAGAUGCCUCACGUGUAUCCGCGUUGGGACCCCACACCAUCUUGCUGGGAGGAAUUAUGCAAUGGCUACGUCACUGCGCCACUCGGCCAAUAGGCGCCGACGCACGAGGAGCGUAAACACAGGUGCACAUGGCUAGGAUGACGGGUACAUGUGAGGAGAGACGACUGCAGUGCCGCUGAAGCCAACUACUUGGUAUUCAAAUGCUGAUCACUGCUGCUGCUAAAGAGAUCUCUGAGGUCCGUCUAUGAAAAAUCUUUAAUGAAGACCAGAGUCAGAUUAGGCUGUACAGGCUCGAAAUGGGAAAAGGUUGUAAAGUUGUGGUGUGUGGACAGGCAGCAGUUGGAAAAACUGCCAUUUUGGAGCAGCUGCUGUAUGGAAAUCACGCUGUAGGCUCUGAGUCCAGUGAGACGCAGGAGGAUGUGUAUGUGGCCUCAGUGGAAACUGACCGUGGUGUGAAGGAACAGUUGAGGCUCUAUGACACCAAGGGCCUCCACGAGGGACAAGACCUCCCCAAGCACUACUACUCAGUGGCAGACGGUUUUGUACUCGUCUACAGCGUCGACAGCUUAGAGUCUUUCAAGAGGGUGGAUGUUCUGAAGAAGGAAAUAGAGAAAUCGAGAGAUAAAAAAGAGGUGACAGUCAUAGUCCUGGGGAAUAAGACAGACCUGCGGGAACGUCGUCAGGUGGACCAUGAGGUGGCGCAGCAGUGGGCACGAGGUGAGAAGGUAAAGCUGUGGGAGGUGAGCGUCACUGAACGCAACUCACUGAUUGAACCCUUCACACAGCUGACCAGCCGCCUCACCCAGCCUCAGAGCAAAUCUUCCUUUCCCCUGCCAGGACGCAAAAGCAAGGGCACCCCGUCUAACGACAUCUGAAACGCUGAAGACUCCUUCAUUCCUCUCUGCUCCUGUUAAUGAAAGGCUGCAUUCACCUCAUAUGGAAACAACCAGCAGGACAACAUGGAUAAACCUUUAGCUUAGUAACAUGACUUUAAUUGCUACUGUAUACAUUUGACCAUUUUACACACAUUCAUUCACUUUUAUGCAAUGUUAACAUAAUUGUGAAGGAACAGCUUAGCAUUUUGGGAAGUUCAGUUAUUGGCUUUCAUUUUGAAAGUACUAUACUAAUAUUGUGUCUGUGUGUUAUAUAGAGAGCUGGAGUCAGAAUGUUUAUCCUAGCAUGAAGAGUGGAAGCAGAGGGCUAGCUACUGUCAACAAUGAAAAAGUAUGCUUUUCUAAUUUUCACACAUAAUUACAUGCUGGAAUUUUGCCAUGGCGCCCAACACUUAUGUACAGCAUGUCUGGUAGAUAACGGAUAUAUGAAACCUGGCAACAUCAAUCUGAUGACAAGCCUUGGGAGAAACUGAUAAAAACAAAAAACAAAGGAGAGAUAAAAAGUUGUGGUUUUAGGAGGAGUUUUAUGUUGUAGCUAUUUAUUGACAACCUGCAAAUGUCGGCAAUUGCUUUCUGGAAUCUUGUCAUCACAAUGCAGUUGCCAAGUGUGGGCACAGUGCCCACACAGAUACUGAAACCUCUGCUCACCAACCAUAUCUGGCAACUCAGGCUGUAGCUGAGGAACUGCACAGAAGUCCUGGCACAUAGAUAAGACAGAGAACUGUUGUUGUAAGCGUACACUUAGUGGACACUUUAUUAGGUACACCUGUAUAAUCUAUUGUAAUUCAAUGCUAUAAACUCUGCCUUUACAAAGUUUAUAAUGUCCAGUUUUAACAACAUUAAUGUUCUAGGCAUCCUCAUAGGCUGAGCAGGUAUAUUGCAUUAGACUGUAUAGCUGUACCUAACAAAGUGGACACAGAGUAUAACUUCCCCUAAAACCACUAUUUUUUCCCCCUUACAUUUCUGUUUAUGUGCAGGCCAACCAAACAUGAUGUAUGUUUAUUAGAGAGCUGUAGAGGUGUUGGUGGGUGGAUUUUUGAACUUUCAACGUGAACAAAGCUAGGCGUUUCCCUCCACUCUUUAUGCCAAGCCAGGCUUAACAAGUCCUGACACCAGCUCCAUACUUACCACACAGACAUAAGUGUUAUUGAUCUAAUCAUCUCACUCACUAAGCUAAGUAAGUGCAUUUGCAGAAAUGUAGAUCUUUUCAGUAUGAGGAUGCAUGUUGUAGUUCAUCUUUUACAACAAACCAAGUUCACAUCUGGAAUAUCUCUAACCAGCGAAUGAAAGCUUUUCCAUACAGUAUGCUUAACGGUUUGGUGUGCAGUCAGUCCUUUUUUCAAGGGAAAAAACAAAGCUUAGCAUGAGCAAGCACUUUAGUACCAAAGAUUUGAGAUAACCCAAAUACAGAUCUUGUAGAUGUACACAUUUGAGUUGUGGCAGUGAAAUUAUACGCUAUGCUCCAAGUCACUCCAAGUUAACGAAUAAGUUCAGUUUUUCUUUUCAAGUCUAUCUCAUGUUAAUAUCAAUACUCAUGUGCCCACACGUAUACAUUUGAAGAGGAAUGAUUGAACGAUUACAGCUACGUUUAAUUCUACAAACAUACAGGUGGACAUGUGAUUAUUGUAUUAAAACACACUUGAGAAAUCUGAAACUGUUGAGACUCUCUGAGUUCUAGGAUGUUAAUUUCCCAUCUGAUGUGAAUGCAGCAUUAAUUGUCCUCUGGCAGGACUCAGCUAGCCUUUGUCCAGUCCAUUUCCUAUAUUAAAUGCGGCUUGGUAGCAAUAAUAUUCAUGGUACUACCUUUACCUGUGAUGAUUUCAUAAUGUCUGUCUGACGGUAGUUGCACUCCUUUGUAUUGUCCAGCCUGUGUAAUCCAAUAGGGCUACUAGUUAAAGCUGUGUGUGUGUGUGUGUGUGUGUGUGCCUUUUUAACAGUAGAAAUCAGUGUUGAGAGAAAAUAUUUAUUUUUUAACUAAUUUAUUUUUGUCACUUUAAUGAGCCACAUUCCUUGACUUUUGAAAAUGGUGAGAUGAUGUGAUGGAUGAUCUGCGCUGUUGUCUGUGUCCUUAAUGUUUCAGAGUAAUAACACUUUGUGUGCUGCUAGUAGAACAGAGGUAGUGAGAUUAAGACUUGCACUCUGUAAUCAUGCCAACUCUAAAUGAUCCUGUGCUCUGUAAUCUGUAUUAAGAUGCGCUGAAUAAAAUAUAGUCUCCUCAUAUUAAA